AUGUCGCUAUCACCAAGCCUAUACUUCCUUCUUUCCGUCGCACUGGCAGCCCCGAAAACGUCAAGUGUUAGCACAAGCACUACAUCUUCAACCACAACCACAAUCACCACUACGGCAAGCUCCAGCGCGGCCCCGAUACACAGCCAUCCUUCAUCCGUCUACCAUGGCUCAUACAGCGGCACACCAACGACAACAGGAGAGCUGAGGGCCACAUCAGUUGGAACAGGGGUGUCUGUAGCCAGCCCCGGGCCGGCUGCGACAACAUACCCCAGUGACGGAAAGCUGCACGAUGCCCAGCCAGCCCCAUAUGUACCUGCCGGUGGAGUAGGUUUGAACAAGUCGCCGGUAUACAACGUAAAAAGUGAUUUCGAUUACCAGUCAUUGGCCCUCGGACUAUACCAAGAAUACAUCGAACUCGACCUCUUCCGCUACGGCCUCACGGAAUUCAGCGCCAGCGACUUCGACGCCGCGGGACUGAGCAGCGUAGACCGCUAUCUAAUCGAAUUCAUGGCGGAGCAAGAAAUCGGACACGCGACGCUCCUCAGCAACAUCCUCGGCGACGAAUACGCACCAUCCGAAUGCGCCUACAACUACCCAGCCUUUGCGAGCGUGCGCGAGUAUGUCGAUUUCUGCCAAAAGCUCACACGAUGGGGUGAGUCAGGCGUAUAUGGGUUUCUGCCUCAUUUGGAGUCCCGUGAGGCAGCGCAGUUGUUGCUGCAGUCUAUUAGCACGGAGGCGCGGCAGCAGCUUAUAUUCCGGCAGUUUGAGGGAUUGUUUCCGAUGCCAGUGUGGUUUGAAGUCGGGAUUCCACAGUCAUGGGCAUGGACGUUGUUGGCGCCGUAUGUUAGUUCUUGUCCCGCGAACCAGACGCGAUUGGUAUGGCAGAAUUUUCCGGCGUUGAAUAUCAUCAAUAAUCCUGUGCCGGCGUAUGCGAAUGCCACCCCGGCGAUUACGCAGAACCGUAGCACGCCACUCUCACAGCCUGGCGGCCAGGUGAAUUUAGUCUGGGAUGCUCCAGGGAAACCAGUCGGGCCGAAUAAUAGCUACAUCACGUCGACGUCUGCGGGACGACCGGCGUAUGUGGCGUGGGUGACGCAGUUGAACGUAACAUAUUCUGCGCUGACGAUCAGCAAUAGCAGCUGCAAUAAUGGGAAGAAUAUCACGUACGCUUCUACGACUCAGCCCAACUUGGAGACGUUCUCUGGGGAUCCGGCAAUCAAUGGCACGAUAUUUAUUGCGGUGACGGAUGAUGAUCCGUUUUUGACGUCGUAUAAUCUGAGCCUGAUCAAUGAUCAUGUGGUGGCGGGGCCGGCCGUGUAUCAAGCUGGUUGAAAAAAUAUCCAGAACAUGCAUGUGCAUUGGGUGUAAAUUGAGAUACUUG